ACAAACGUCUUGUUGAUAAGAGAAGUCAGAGGAAAAUGGCCGGAUUGGUUCGAGCUGCCAGGACAGAUAUAGUAACUCAUAGUAACUCUUUACAACCGUGGUGAGCAGAAAAGCAUCUCAGCAUGCAACAGCAGAAGAGCACAUUGGGUUCCACUCCUGCAGCCAAGAACAGGAAUCUUAGAAUCAAGAACAAGUUCCUAUUAAAGCGGCUGGUGCCUCACAGACUCCUCUCCCCUGCGCUCCACAGCUUUAAGCAUUACACCAAUUUUCGUAUUUUCGCAGCUGUGAAUGACAUCAACCAAAAAAAGCACCUAAGGACAAAAAACUAAUUCGGCUCCCCAACUCGGCUCCCACCGAAGAGCCGGCUCCCGUCGUUCACUUCAAAGAGCCGGCUCUUUGAACCGGAUCUUUCGCGACCGACACAUCACUACCGGUUUACUACUGACCCAGACAAGAGGGAUUACAGCUGCGAAGAGACAGGAUUGGGAGCCAACAGAGUACUCCAGACUUUGCAGUGAUCAUUUCAUUUCAGUUUACGCCAGCGACGACAUGCUGUUCUGGGACGAGGGGAUGACCCAACCAGUGUCGCAAACCCUCUACCAACGGGAAGGGGAACACACAUUGUAUGUGGAUGCUGACUUCACCACUGCUCUGCAGAUUGUACCCCGCAGGUCUACAACAGAGAACAUUGCUGCAGAGCUGCCUGUGAACCAGGUGUUCUCCAGAGAGCACACCCUGUACCUCAUAGAUGUAAUGAGGGAACACCUCCUAAAGGAUGAAGCCGAACUGCCUGGCAAUCUAACUGAGCUGAACAAAAGAAUCAAGAUGGCAAGGGGGAAGAAGCGGUCCUUCUGGCAGGAAGUUUCGGAGAAGCUCAAAAACCAGUUCCAAAUGCAGUUCGAUGUCGACAGGGUAGCUAGGAAGUGGACCACCCUUGAAGAUGGCUACAAAAAGGCUGUAGAUAACAACACAUCCACAGGGAAAGGCCCAACUAAAUUCCAGUUUUACAAAGAAAUGGGGGAACUCCUGGGGGGACAACAUGACAUUGAUUUCCCUGUUGUUGGCACAUCGAAGGGCAUCACUGUUAGGCGGCCUGAAGCCAUCAAGCCAAUGAAGCAACCCUUGAUGCAGCACGACUCAUCUAAUGAGGAAGGCGAGUUGUCUUCUCCCACAGCCCAGUCCUCCGAUUCUGAGGGGACUUCAACCUCACGCCCACCUUUUGCACAGAAAAGGAAGCGUGGGGAGGAGACUGUCACACGGGUCAUCACCUGCUUUAAGGAAUGUGAGGAGGCAGCACAGCGUCGUCAUGAAGAAAUGAUGGAGCAAAUCAAAACCACCAAUGCUUUAUUCAAGCAGAUGCUGCAGAAUGUACGUGAGCAACAAUAA